AUUGUGUGUGCUUUGUUUCGAGGCUUAACUUGAGUAAUUGACAUAAGUUUCAACGUGUUGGUGGCCUCUUCCCCACGCGCCGCCAUUUUGUACAAGACGAAUGCUAAUCAUGGGCGCUCUCUUACGUACACUUUAUUUACGGCUGGAAUUAAAACAAUGGAGCCGUCGUCUACAAAGUCAAACUUAACCCUCACACACACACCAGCUCGGGUCGUUUGUUACUUUUCCCAAGAUUGACGCCAUCAAACAAACAGAAACAUCAUCUUAUUCCAGUGUUGAGCCUGCGUCAGGACUAAAACGUUAUAUCGCAGUAUAAAUGGGGUCAAAACGGUUUUAAGUUGAUGCGGUCGCUGCGGGGAACUGCGUUCUUGUUGAAAGUGUCAAACAAAUAAACCCAACACUUGUUUACGUGGAGGCAAACGGACGUCUUUCAGAGAUACUGUUAAAACAAGGAAAAGAUGAACUUAUGUGGUUAACUUUCAGUUGGGGGCGCUUUUCUUCUGUUUGCCAGUGAUCUGGAUGGAGGUUCAUGCUAAUGGGGCCGUUUGUGAGCACAUUUAUCCGCUAGUUGGCCUGCAAAAGAGUGUUAUUAUUGGGUGUUUUGUGUGAAAUCGAAGUGCAUGGUGUAUCCUGCAAGACGGACACAUCGUCGCCAUCUAGCGGUGAUGUUGCAUAUCGCUGUUUACAAGUGCAGGUGUGGGAUUCUUGAGAAUUGGGAAUGGCUGACACUCCACCUAGUGAUGGCCCCUCGCAGGGCACAGAGUUUGACAUGAUGGGGGCUCUGGACUGGAAGGAUGGCAUUGCCACUUUGCCAGGAAGUGACAUCAGGUUCCGUAUGACAGAGUUUGGCACUCUUGAGAUCGUGACAGACGUAGAGGUCAAAGGGCAGGAGCCAGAGACUAAAAGUGGGACUUUGGAUCCGGCGCCGUCUCACAGUCCCACCCCUCCACCAGAGGGCCAAUCACAGGGUAAAACAACAGCGGUACCAGCCCAUAAGAGUCAGUCAGCAGCAUCGCAAGGAAAAGCCCCUGCUCCUGUUGUCUUGUCUUUGGAGGAGUCCCCCACUACAGAAGCUUCCAAAGUAGAGGUUGCUCCAAGUGUUGAAGUUGGUUCAAACAAGGAGCUUACGCAGUGCAAGGCCUGUGGUGGUCAUGUCGCUCGGGAUGCCCUCCUACAGGGAAAGUUCUGUAGCACCAUUUGUGCCCAGCCCUCCAGUGGCAGGUCAUCUCCGGGCGAGGCCAGAGAGUGUCAGGUAGUGGAAAGCGAGACGCUAGGGAAACGUGUGCGUAAAAAGAGGAAGAUCUAUAUGGAUUCUGGUGAUGAGGAGGAAGACAACCAAGAGGAACAAGAGGAGAAAACCAAGGCGACCAAAGGCAGGAGAGGCGCCAAGAUGGCAAAACUUGCCGCAGCCCCUCAGAGUAAGAAGCGGGCGUGGAGCUGGCCGGCUUACCUGGAGGAGGAGAAGGCCGUCGCUGCUCCAGUCAAACUGUUCAAAGAGCAUCAGUCUUUUCCUCAAAGCCGCAACAGUUUCAAGAUGGGGAUGAAGCUGGAGGGGCUGGACCCGUGUCAUCCGUCGCUGUUCUGUGUGCUCACCGUUGCAGAGAUCCAAGGCUAUCGAGUGAGGCUCCACUUUGACGGCUACCCAGAGUGCUACGACUUCUGGGCGAAUGCUGACUCGUGGGAUUUGAAACCAGCAGGCUGGUGUGAGAAAAAUGGACACAAGUUAUUGUUGCCUAAAGACUUUAAGGAUCGUGAGUUUAACUGGAGCAUGUACGUGAAGAACUGCAGAGCCCAGCUGGCCCCCAAGCACCUUUUCAAGAGCCUCAACACAUCUGUGACACCGUCCGGGUUUCGAGCGGGCAUGAAGCUGGAGGCGGUCGACAGGAAGAACCCGUCACUGAUAUGCGUAGCGACCAUUGCAGCCGUAGUGGACAACAGACUUCUGAUUCACUUUGACAACUGGGACGACACGUAUGAUUACUGGUGUGACGCUAGCAGUCCAUACAUCCACCCUGUAGGCUACUGCGAGGAGGCCGAGCUGACUCUGACCACUCCAGCUGGUAAGACACAGACCAAGACACACGUGGAAUAUAAGCAACCGAAGAGUUUUUCCUGGGAGAAAUAUCUGGAGGAGACGGGCACACAGGCCGCUCCUGCUCGGGCCUUCAAACCGCGCCCGCCGCAUGGCUUCCAAGUGGGCAUGAGGGUAGAAGCUGUUGAUAAGAGGAACCCCAUGCUCAUUCGUGUUGCCACCAUCGCCGACACAGACGACCACCGGCUCAAGAUACAUUUUGAUGGUUGGAGUCCAGAGUAUGACUACUGGGUGGAGACUGACUGCCCCGACCUGCACCCUGUAGGCUGGUCUCACAAAACUGGACACCCUCUCCAUCAUCCAAAUGGUUCUAAUGAUGUGGUGAGUCCCCCAGGACAGGGAUGUCCCACCCCGGGAUGCAACGGGCUCGGCCACAUCAGAGGACCUCGUUAUGGGACACAUUACACUCAGGUGAGCUGUCCCUACUCAGAGAUGAAUCUGAGCAAGGAAAGCUUGCUCCCAGACCGUCUCAGUGGAGAGCGACCCCUCACGCUCAGUGGCCCUCUGCCCCGCGGGCGGCGCCCUGAACCGAACACAACCGCCACAACGCCGACAGCAUCAACACCAGACCUGCCCGAGGUGGCCGACAACUCCCACAGCAGGAAACCGGUGGAGGCGGAAGCUGAGCUCUCAGGCCGCAGCAGCUGCAGCAGCCAGCCGGAGCCACCAGGCGGUGUCAGCGAGCUGAGUCAAAAUGGAACCAGACUGAAACGGACUGCUCCAGUCCCCAAAUAUCUGAAAAUGCACUACGUGAAAGAAGAGGCAGUCGAUAGUAAAGCCUCUCCGGCAGACUCAAUUUCCCUCCAGCAGGCCCUCCACGAAUCUGUGUUCUCCCCCGGCCUGACGGCGGCUCCCCACCACCGGGUGGCGCUGUGCUGGGACAAACACUGUCAGCUGCUGCCUGAGGUUCUGGGGCUGACGGCCAAGCGGGUGGCGGCGUGGAGUUCUGAGGAGGUGGCCACUUUCGUGAAAGGGCUACCAGGCUGUAAAGAGCACGCUGCUACAUUUAAAACCGAGCAAAUAGACGGCGAGGCCUUCCUGCUCCUCAACCAAUCGGACAUUGUCAAGAUCCUGUCCAUCAAGUUAGGCCCCGCCCUCAAGAUCUACAACUCCAUCCUCAUGCUGAAGAACGCCGACGAAGAAUGAAGAGCUCACCCGAGCGGCUCCCUCAUGACUCCCGACACAAAUGUUUCUUUGGACACUCCGCUCCCUCCUGGAUGGAUAACAAAAAAGUUAGCUUCACUUGUCGUUUACUGACUUUACUCAAAUAACUACACACACCUUUAAACACUUUGCAUCCAUUUUUUAAAAAUGAACUGGUGCUUUCGGAGCUCCAAGAAGGUCGCUUUUACAGUUUUUUAAGCUUCUAAUAGAAUCAGUGAGAGGUUUUUCCUAAAGGCACUAUGUAGUGUCUUCUGUAGCCACUAGAGGGAGCAAGAGCUGUGGCUUGGAUGAGAGUAAUGUGACAAAAUGACAGCUUUUCUUGUGAGGGACAAAUUGUUCUGUCAAUGAAAUGCGCAGUCACUGAAGAAGCUUUCUUUAUUUUCCUUUCUUUUGAUGGCACAUGAAUGUAAAAAAAAAAAAGCAUCUGUUUUCUGUUUUUUUCCUUGUCAAUGUAAAUAGAGUACAGCUACCUAAUGACGGUUAUGCAAACGCUGCAAGAAAAGUCAGUCUCACUACAACUUUUUGGAAUGUGUUCACAGCGAGUGUUUAUAAUGCAAACAGCUUUUAUUUAUGUAUUCUAAUUUAAGGGCGAAUGGUACGCGGUCUUGGCUCAGAGGAAGCUGUGGCUGUUUUGGAAUGUGUGUGUGUGUGUAUGAGAGCGAAAGAAUGGAAUAAAUAAG